GUGAUGCUUCGCUGGGUUCGUUCAGUUGCUGAAAAAGAAUGGUAACAUGAACAGUGGAGCGUGAGAGCGUCGGCAGAGGAAGGGGGCGAGAUUGAUGGGUAGAGAGCACACUUCUCUGAGGCUCUCAUUCCCAGGACUGCACUUGGAGGAAGGGAUGUCUUUGCGCCUGCACUUCCUGGCUGGACUCCGCUGACAUCUGUAGCCUCCUUCCAGCCAGGUUCCCAGGUCUCCUAGAUGCUGCCCGCAGAGGAGUGUUCUGACAACGCAUGAAGAUCCAGGAGUUUGUGAACCCCUAUCCAAACAUAGUUCUGACCUGGUUAUGGUGUCCCUGGAUCCUGCCUGACAAGCUGGCUCCCAAGGGAGUUGAACUUGAGUUCAGAUGGCCAACUCCCUCUGAACCCUGCAGAUUGGUGCUGAGCACACAACAAAAGUUUUUAGCUUCCCCUCAGUUUCUGGUGCUUCCCAGGAAAGAGGAAAAGACUUUGGCAUUAAAGUCAAGAAGCAGUCUGGGAGACAUCUCUAACUUUUCUCCAUUGUUAUCCUUUGCAAUGAAGAGGAAACAGAAGAGGUUUCUGCAAAUGACUUUGUUAUUCACCGUGGCUUUAAUUUUCCUGCCCAACAUUGGUCUCUGGUCUUUGUACAAGGAUAAACACCUGGUGAAAUCUGCAGAACCCGCGGAGCAUCAGACAUUUCCAUUGGGCCUAGGAGAUGGGCAAUUCUAUUCCUGGACAGAUGGUCUGAGAAGAAAAGACUGGCAUGACUAUGAGAGCAUUCAGAGAGAUGCUUUGCGCUCAGGGAAAGGUGAACAUGGAAAACCAUACCCACUUACUGAAGAGGACCGUGAUGACUCAGCUUACAGGGAAAACGGCUUCAACAUUUUUGUCAGCAACAAUAUUGCUCUAGAGAGGUCUCUGCCAGACAUACGCCAUGCCAACUGUAAGCACAAGAUGUACCUUGAAAGGCUGCCAAACACCAGCAUCAUUAUACCAUUUCACAAUGAAGGUUGGACCUCACUCUUGCGGACCAUACACAGUAUAAUCAACCGAACACCAGAGAGUCUGAUAGCAGAAAUCAUUCUAGUCGAUGACUUCAGUGAUAGAGAACACUUGAAGGAUAAAUUAGAAGAUUACAUGGCUCGGUUUUCCAAAGUGAGAAUUGUGCGCACCAAGAAAAGGGAAGGGCUCAUCCGGACCAGACUCCUGGGAGCUUCCGUGGCUAGAGGAGAGGUCCUGACCUUCCUAGACUCCCAUUGUGAGGUCAAUGUGAACUGGCUGCCCCCACUCCUCAACCAAAUUGCACUAAACCACAAAACCAUCGUGUGUCCCAUGAUCGAUGUCAUUGACCACAAUCACUUUGGGUAUGAGGCACAAGCUGGGGAUGCCAUGCGAGGAGCCUUCGACUGGGAAAUGUACUACAAAAGAAUUCCCAUCCCUCCAGAGCUCCAGAGGGCUGAUCCCAGCGACCCUUUUGAGUCUCCGGUUAUGGCUGGAGGUCUCUUUGCAGUGGAUCGAAAGUGGUUUUGGGAACUGGGUGGCUAUGACCCAGGCUUGGAAAUCUGGGGAGGAGAGCAGUAUGAAAUCUCUUUUAAGGUUUGGAUGUGUGGAGGAGAAAUGUUUGACGUUCCGUGUUCUAGAGUCGGUCAUAUCUACAGGAAGUAUGUCCCUUAUAAAGUUCCAUCUGGGACCAGCCUAGCAAGAAACCUGAAGCGUGUGGCUGAGACCUGGAUGGAUGAAUUUGCUGAGUACAUUUACCAGAGGCGGCCAGAAUACAGGCACCUCUCUACCGGAGACAUCUCUGCCCAGAAGGAGUUGCGGAAGCGACUCAAGUGCAAAGACUUCAAAUGGUUCAUGGCUGCGGUGGCCUGGGACGUGCCUAAGUACUACCCUCCGGUCGAACCCCUGCCUGCAGCGUGGGGUGAGAUUCGAAGUGUGGCAGCCAACUUAUGUGUGGAUAGCAAGCAUGGAGCCACAGGGACUGAGCUCAGGCUGGACAUCUGUGUCAAGGAUGGCUCUGAAAGGACAUGGUCUCACGAACAGCUCUUUACUUUCGGGUGGAGAGAAGAUAUUCGACCCGGUGAGCCUCUGCACACCCGGAAAUUCUGCCUGGAUGCCAUCUCACACAGCAGCCCUGUCACCCUCUAUGACUGUCACGGCAUGAAAGGGAACCAGCUCUGGGGAUACCGGGAGGACAGAACAUUAUUCCAUCCUGUGAGCAACAGCUGUAUGGAUUGCAACCCCUCAGAGAAGAAGAUUUUCAUGGCCAGAUGUGACCCUCUAUCUGAGACUCAGCAAUGGAUUUUUGAACAUAUCAACAUGACUGUUUUAGAAAAAAAUAGCCACUAUGCCAUCUCCUAGAAAGGCAAGAAGAGACAUUACCUACAGGUUCUGAACUGUGUUGUUGCAGGCGUCUGGGUCAAAGGAGUCAGGAAAAACAUUUCCUAGAUCCCAGGAAGCCUGGUUGAAAGAUGUGUAAAGGCCAUGUUGACAUAGGCUGUCCAGGAGACGUUCCUACAUCUGAAGAACUUGGCUGAGAACCUCACCAGCUGCUUCUGAGAACCGAGACUAGCAGUUCCCUUGCUGGCCAAGGGUAAAGAUUAUUUAGGGACUUUCACCUCGACUGCUGAGUUAAUCAAUCCUAGCAUUUCUCAGGUCAAAUCCUGCAGUAGUGAGUAGCUAUGAAUGGAUCCUAUUAAUCGGGUGGGAGGGGGGUGGAAACAGAGCGCAUGACUGCUCUGGCAACCUGAGGCUACCACAGGUCUAGAACUAGCCACGCUUAAGGGGUGAGCUGUACUCUUUGGUGCAAUUCUCUGACUAAGAGUGGGUUAAGCAGGUUUAACCCUUUAAAGUGCUGCAGAUGAUUUUAGAGUGCUCAUACCAUUUUUCUCUUUUCUUUGGUCUUCUCUUUAAACAAGGGGACAUGGCAUUGAAGACUGACAUUACAUGCUCUCAUCCAAAGGCCAUGCUAUCCGUCAUGGUUCAUAAGAGCUCAUGGUCCACCAAUUAGCUGAAGUUCUAAUUCAGUGACCUUAGAUGAAUCCAGUUAAAAACAAAAACAAACAAACAAAAACUAUGCUACCCAGUUACUCCAAAGAAAGAUUUCCCAGAAGCAACAGAAUAUCACAAACACACAUACACACACACACACACACACACACACACACACACAAGUUAGGGGAAAUUUUCCUUAGGAAAUCUAUUUUUACUUUUCUAUUAUUUUUAAAUAAAAAUCUGAUGUUUGUCCAGUCAUAAUUUUUAUUAAAGAAGACAGUGGAGAGGGUUCCAUGUAAUUUGUUUAGUCUAUCGUAAAUAAAUCUUCACUCCAAGUGAUGUGGAAAUGGCCUCAUUCACUUUAAUUCUGUUUAAUCUGGGA